AAAAGUUCCCCCUCCUUGAUCGAGCCUUCGAGAGAGCCGGAGGUGUUGGUAUGGAUGCAAACGCCCUCUUCGCUCUGAACAAGAAGAAGGGCAAGGCCCAAGCUAAGAAGAAGGACCCUUCGGGCCAGCAGCCCGUUGAGGCCUUCUUCCAGAAGGAGAUGCUGGAGCCCUCUGCUGUGGCUGCCGCCGCUGAUGUGGCCGGGGGGGCACGAAGAAGAAGAAGGGUAGCAAGGGGGUUGAGCCCCCUGCCAAGAAGCAGAAAGUUGCCGGGGAUGUUGCUGAGAAAGCGGCCCCCAUGGUGAUUAUAGAGGAUCGGUCCUCUGCUGAGCCCUCGGCUGCGACCGCACUGACGGCCCCUUCCAGCGACCCUUCGGGAGAAUUCCCUCGGGAGACCUUGCACGUUCCCCUCGUCAAGGGGACUGCAGUGAUGCAUGGCACAAUAGAUCCGAAGGAUUUCCUGGGGAGCAUCACCUCGGACCUGGAUAGGAAGGCCCUCGGGACCUACGAUGACAAGGCCCUCGAGAACAAGAUCCUCCGGUCUUCCCUCACCGCCUGCAUAGCUCUCGGCGAGCAAGUCCGUGGCUGGAAGAAUGGCGCCUCCAGAAAGCCCAGCAGGAGGAGUCCCUGAAGAAGCUUAUCCUUGAAAAAGAUGCUUCCCUUAGGGAAAUGUGCAAGCUGGA